AUGUUGGCAGGCAUCCUCCUCCUUCCUUUACUGUCUCUUCUUGCCGCGGCGUUCCCGCUUCAGGAGCGCCAGUCGAGCACGUUCUGGCUGGAAGCUAUCGACCAUGCCGGUGCCCCCGCAUUUGGGGAGGCCGACUACAAGGUCUUCCGCAACGUGAAGGACUACGGUGCGAAGGGUGAUGGCACGACGGAUGAUACGGAGGUCAUCAACAAAGCCAUCACCGACGGCAACCGUUGCGGUGCCACCACCUGCGUUUCUUCGACCACUACCCCGGCCCUCGUUUACUUCCCUCAAGGUUCCUACGUCAUCUCUGCACCCAUCGUUCCCUACUACUACACCCAGCUCAUUGGUGAUGCGACCAACCCUCCGACCCUUCUCGCUGCCGCCGACUUUGCUGGCAUGGCUAUCAUCGAUGCUGACCCGACGGAGAACGGUGAAAGCUGGUAUGUCAACCAGAACAACUUCUUCCGUUCUGUCCGCAACUUCGUCAUCGAUACUACCCAAGUCCCUGCUGCGACUGCUGCGACUGGUAUUCACUGGCAGGUUGCACAGGCGACGUCGCUCGCUAACGUGCGCUUCGAGAUGGCCGACGGUGACGACACCAAGCACCAGGGUAUCUGGAUGGAGAACGGUUCGGGUGGCUUCAUGAGCGACCUCACCUUCAACGGAGGCAACUUCGGCAUGUGGGUCGGCAACCAGCAGUUCACCGUCCGCAACGUCACGAUCAACAACGCGAAGACAGCCAUCUACUCGCUGUGGAACUGGGGCUGGACGUUCCAGGGCGUCACGAUCAACAACUGCGGCAUUGGCUUCGACGCGAUGACUGGCGGAAUCACGGAAGACACGCAGACUACUGCUGGCCUCGCCAUUAUCGACGCCACCGUCGCCGAGACGCCGAUCUUCCUGCAGACCUCGAACGCCAGCACGUCGCUCGCGGGCUCUAUCGUGCUCAACAACAUUGCGCUCACGAACGUCCCGACCGCUGUCCAAUCAGCUGAUGGCAACGUUGUCCUCGAGGGAGGCAGCAGCACCAUCGAGUCCUGGGCCCAGGGCAACGUCUACAGCGGCGACAACGCUGAGGGCAAGUUUACGCAGGACAAGGUUGCCGCGCCGACCAAGGCAGACUCACUCCUCGCUAACGGCAAGAUCUUCUCGAAACCGCGCCCGCAAUACACCGACUUCACCAAGGACCAGGUCGUGACUGCGAAGUCCGCUGGCGCGAAGGGUGACGGCAAGACCGAUGACACGGACGCUCUGCAGAAGCUCUUCGACGACAACGCAGGCAAGAACCUCGUCUUCAUCGACCACGGCACCUACAUCAUCACCAAGACGCUCACGAUUCCGGUUGGCUCCAAGAUCGUCGGCGAGGUCUUCUCCGUCCUCGCAGGCUCUGGCGAUGCCUUCAAGGACCCGGCGAACCCGCAGGUCGUCGUCAAGGUCGGCAACGAGGGCGACAAGGGCACGAUCGAGAUCCAGGAUAUCGCGUUCUCCACUGUCGGCCCGGCCGGUGGUGCUAUCGUCGUUGAGUGGAACGUUGCUGAGGAGGAGCAAGGCUCCGCGGGUAUGUGGGACUGCCACGUCCGUCUCGCUGGUGCCAAGGGAAGCGGUCUCCAGGUCGACAACUGCCCGUCUGGCAGUCAGAACGAGGAGUGCUACUCCGCGUACCUCGCUCUGCACCUUACUCCCAAGUCAACUGCCUACCUCGAGGGUACCUGGGUGUGGAACGCCGACCACGACCUCGACGAUCCCGAGGAGGGCCGCAUCACCGUCUACUCCGGUCGCGGUAUCCUCUCCGAGUCCGCUGGCCCCGUCUGGAUGAUCGGCACUGCGUCCGAGCACCACGUUCUCUACCAGUACAACCUCAACGGCGCGAAGAACCACUACCUUGGUCUCAUCCAGACUGAGUCGCCCUACUUCCAGCCUACCCCCGCUGUUCCGGAGCCCUUCUCCCUCAACGACGACCUCAAGGACCCGUCCUUCCCUGACGGCCAGACCUCCGCCUGGGCCCUGAACAUCGCCAACUCCGAGGACAUCCUCGUCUUCGGUGCCGGCCUCUACUCCUUCUUCAUCGACUACACCCAGGAGUGCCUCGACACAUUCGACUGCCAGCCGCAGAUCACAAACAUCGACACCGCCUCCUCCAAGAACGUGUACAUCUUCCAGCUCAGCACCGUCUCGACGGAGAACCAGCUGAGUGUCGGUGGCAAGCCGGUGAUCAAGCAGGCCGACAACCGGAACGGCUUCGCUUCUACCGUGUCCGUCUGGACUCAGGCGUAG